UUCCACGUCAAUACACGUGUACUUUUUGCCACAUGAAUUAUUCCAUAGUUUACAUAAUGUGAAGAUUUUUCAUAUUUUUUUCUUGUUAUAUUUAUCGUAGAACUUGUGCGCUACUGGAAAAAUCAAAAUGAACUUUUCAAAAGUUUUAGUUGUUUUUAUAAAUAGUUACUGGAUACAGCUAGGCCUUUGUAAAUUUUAUUCCUCCUCGUUCGAAAUAUCGAAACUUUUAGAAACGGAAAAUAAAAUACUCCAGAAGUUGAAUGUAUAUUUCGAAAGGCAAGAGAAAAAAGGAGUAACUUUUGAUAACAAUGUAAAAAAAUUUGUAAAUUAUGCAGAGAUAGAAAACAACCAUACAAGGGAGAUUAUCAGUACAACAGAAAAUCCUCUUGCCGUGUUUUAUCUGCUCUCCCGAGCAGUGAAUAAGUGGAGCGAGUUGACCAAGAACCUAUCUUGUAACGAGGAACACGAAGAAUGCCCAAUAUUAACCGGAGCUGACAUAAUAAAUGUGAAUAAAAGACGAGAGGCGUCCGAAUGGCCCACCGAAGCUGAAGUCAAAGAAGCCGCUAAAGCCAUUGUAAAUGUUUGGACAGUAUAUGACCUUGACCUUGAAAAUAUCAUAAACGGAAUCCUUGAAGAAGUCACUGAGCGCCCUCUGUUGGCUGACGAGAUAUUUGCAAUUGCAAAUGCAGCAAGGGAUUCUGGGAUGACUUAUGAAGCGAUCACGUGGUACGAGUAUCUGCUGCAUAGACUCGAAAGUACUGGUUCCUAUACAUUCAAAACAUCGUCACUAUACAGACGACUUGCACUAACAUACAAAGAGAAUGGAAUGCUUUCCAGAGCCAUCGAGUUGCUUCAGAAUUACUUGAAAAUUGAUUCCGGUGACACCAGCGUGGCACGUGACCUGGACUUUUUGAAACAAGGCAGCUCGAAAGACAAUGUCAAAGAACUCGUGCGUUUUGCUGCCAAUGAUACGUCCAGACUGACAAGAAGUAGACAGAAGUUUGAGGAGCUUUGCAGAUCUUCAAUGAAGGGUACUAAUAAUUCAAGACAUUUACACUGUUCACUAUUUCCUUUGUACAACUGGUACGGCCAGGUCAAGGUAGAGACGAUUUCCAAGCGUCCAGAGAUCCAGAUUUUGUAUGACGUGUUGAGUUUAAAUGAAACGGACAAAAUAAUUUCUUAUGGAGAAAAGGCGUUUACGCAGUUCUACCAAAUGUUUCCGUUUAAAACAAAGCCCACGGCACUAGAUCAUAGACUUAAGAGUGGUCCUAUGUGUGAAUGGAAUCCGCAUUAUCCCCUGAUGAUAAAUUUAACACGGAGGCUAGAACAAAUGACGAGGUAUCAUAUGUUCCCUGCAAGCGACGUUACCAGUAGCGAAUGUUACACGAUGACGAACGAGGGACCUGGUCUUAUCCAUAAUCCAGUCUUAGAUUCAUGGCCUAAAGGACAUCACCCAUACCCAUUUGCCGGCAACAGAUUGGCCACUAUUAUGCUACAGCUGUCGGAUGUGAAGUAUGGGGGAUCAGUUGUAUUUCCAAACCUCAAUUUAACAGUUCCUGUGCAUAAGGGCUCUGCUGUUGUAUGGAGAAACUUGAAGGAAGACGGUACACCUAGCGCACGUGCAUUACAUUCUAGUUGCCCUGUAAUGAUUGGAUCACGAUGGGCAUUGUACAAACACAUCCUACACAACAAUCAAGUUUUCAGACGUCCAUGCGAAGCAAAAUAAAUGUAGAGUUUUUCCCCAAGACAAUUUGCUCUUAAUUUCCUAAUCGAAUUCACGAAGUGCCCAGAUCUUAAUUAAUCUUUUAACUAAAUAUAGUGAUUCAUUAUGUUAUUUAUAUGUAUGUAUGUAUGUAUGUAUGUAUGUAUGCAUUUAUGUAUGCGUUUUUUAACAUUACAUUUUUUCUUUAUCUUUUUAAGGCAAUAUUGUGAAACAAUGCGUAUUUCUUUGAGAAACGACUUAACUAAAGAUGGUAAAAUUAAUCAUCGAAGAAUAGCCACCAGU